CCGUGUAGGUCCCUUCCGACUAUCUUCACUCGCACGUCGACACCAUGGCAGUUUGGCUCCUAAGUCUUGUUUUCAGCGGCUGUCUAGCGUUGCCCGGGGUGCCAAGUCCCUACCAUCCGGGACAGGACCUUAUAGACAUUACCUUACAGACGCAGAGAGAAAGCAGAAUCGUGGGAGGUGGAGACGCCCAAAUCAAUGACUUUCCGUGGCAGGCCUCGCUGGAGUCUUCCGGACAACACAUCUGUGGUGCCAUUAUACUUAAUGAGGACUUCGUUCUCACGGCAGCUCACUGCGUUGGAAAUAGCGCAAGUUCGUACACGAUCCAUGUGGGCAGUUCCAGUCUGAGCGGCAGUGGGGGUUCCAGGCACGGCGUAUCCGCUGUGACACCGCAUGAACACUUCAUAAAUAGUGGCAGCACUUCUAUAGGCGCCUUUCCAAAUGACGUGGCUGUCAUGAAGCUAAGUUCUUCAAUUUCGUUUAACCAAAACAAACAACCGAUUAGUUUGACAUCCGUCACUAACGCCCAACUAGCAGGCUACAACGAAGAGGACUGUGUGAUUACUGGAUGGGGUAGAACAAACGGCAACGGUGGUUCGCUGCCAAAUAUACUACAGAAGACCUUUGUUAAGAUAAUGACUGACAAUGCCUGUUCCGUUUCUCUCGGUUCUAGCUUGAACAGCGACAUACACAUUUGUGUAGACGGUGCAGGCACCUCUGGAGGUUGCAAUAACCGAUACUCGGAAAGAGAUUCUGACAGGUCCUCCAGGGUGUACAGCAAGAUGAUGACAAAUUCUUCUGCGAGGUUCACAGGAGCUUCCAACUGCAAAAAGAGCAAUAUCGCCAGUAAAAGGCAGACAACAGACAGCGAAGUCCGUCAGCAAUAA